AUGGAUGAGUCGUUCGCUAAUCUACAGACAAGCCAUUUGCUUGGUUCAGUUCCUGCUGUGAUCAGCGACGACAAGAAGAGCAAAGAUGUACAUAUAGCAAGCGUUAAUGAAGGCUCUUCUGCAAACAUGCAAAUAUUUCCACCAUAUCAAGGAAACAAUUCAAAGGAAGGACCUGAACAACAGCCACCAAAUAACUGGAAGGGCUUUUUUAACGUCUACUCGUAUACUCAGUACUUUGACGUAGACACAGACGUUGUUGUAAACAGAUUGAUGAGCUCGUUAUAUCCCACUAGUGGAGAUUUUUUCAACAAGAUUGAUGCAAAUCCUGAUAUGUAUGGACUUGUCUGGAUCUGCACUACGCUUGUGUUUGUGCUUGCUUCCCUCGGAAAUUGUGCCACGUAUCUGGUGAAGAAACGAACCGAUAGUGCUGCUCCUUGGGUCUUUGAUGUGAACUAUAUAAAUUUGGCAGCAUCUAUUAUCUAUGGCUAUGCAAUAAUUGUGCCUCUGGGAUUUUAUUUCUCACUCAAGUAUAUGGGGUCCAAAGCUGAUCUUCUAAGAUUCUGGUGCCUCUGGGGAUACUCUCUCUUCAUUUUCAUUCCAACCUCUCUUCCAUUGCUUAUUCCAGUAGAGUUUCUGAGAUGGGUGAUUAUACUCUUAGCUGGUAGCGCAUCGUCUUGCUUUGUUGCCCUAAAUCUACGGUCUUACCUCGAGACGAAUAAUGAUGUGACAGUUGUAGUGGCUGCAGCAUUUGGUCUACAGAUGUUUCUUUCUAUCUUCAUCAAGGUCUGGUUCUUUCCUUAA